GACUUUUAGAGUGCCUCGGUAAGAGUGACGAGAGAUCAGAGGGAAUCAAUCAAAUCGAUGCUAGAAAAAGAAGGGUUCUUCUCUUCCUCAGCACCCUAAUCAUUCAACCCCACCAAAUUUACCUUUGCUUUUUCUUACCCUGGUAUGGCACAGUUAUCAUACAGAAAGAGAUAAAAUAAAAAGGAAAAAAGAAAAGUGACCAACUACUCUCUCUACUUUUGAUCUCUCCCUCACUCACUCACUCUCAAUUGUUUUGCAAAAGGAUCCCAAUGUUGCACCCCACCAACCGCCAUUGCUUGAGCUAGAAGCCUCUUAUCCACUAACCACCUAUGACCCAUUGGAGUACUGAUAGCCAGGUAGAAAAAGGAGAUAAAUUGAUGGAAGUUGGCAAAAGGAGGGUAGGGGCUAGAGGGAGUGUGGUUGCAGGGUCAGUGUGGGAGAGCAGAAUGAAGAGUGAUGAAGUGAGAGGUGGGAUCAAGGUGUUUAACGCAGAGGAAAAUCCUGAAGAAAAUGGUGGCGGUGCCAGAUUGAAAAGAAGCCCAAUUGGGUGUGGAAAGAGGAAAACUUGGAAAUCUGAGAGCUCUGAGGGGUCAGAUAAUAAGAUCCCAAUUCAGGUGGCAAGAGGGAAGACAGAGACCCUGAAGAGUUCCGAGGAGCUGAACAUUUCUUCCUCUGAUGGAAUAAAGAAGAGUCCAACACAGACCAGAAAGAUUGCUUCUUUUGCGAAUAAACUUGAGAGAAGUCCAGUUUAUCCCAAAAAGAAGAGAUCUGAGACACAGAAGAGUAGUGAAUCAGACGAGGGGCAUGAGAGGAGUCCGGCACAAUUGAGGAAGAGCAAGUCAGAUCCAAUAAAGAAGAGUGCUUCUCCUGGUGUCAGCUCAAUUCAAUUGAGGAACACGAAAUCCGAAUUGGAUUUAGUUGCUGAUGAACCAACCGAUGAAAAGAUUGAGGUUGAGAAUGAGAAGAAUGACGCUGACGAUAAUAGUUGCAUGGAUUUGGAUGAUGUGUGCCAAGAGAAGGUCAUAUCUAACAGCUCAGCGAAUGCGGUUCAAUGUUCAACAGAAUUGUCGGUUCAGGUUGGUGAUGAUUCAGAUGAAGUUGCAGUUGAUGAAGCAGAUGAAGGAGAUGAAGAAGGGGAAGAAAUUGAGAUUGAGAUGGAGGAGAGAAUUGAUGUGAAGGAAAUUAGUAUUGCAGAAACUAUGGUUGUCAGAGAGCCAGAAAGUGAUGAGGUUGCUGGGAAAGAACAGGACAAAAAGGUUAUUGUGAAUGAACCGGAAAAGAAGGUGGUUCUGAAUGAAUCAGAACCAAAGAAGAUUAUGAAGGAACCAGAACCUAAGAAGAUUCUAAAUGAACCAGAACCUAAGAGGAUUGUGAGUGCCCACAUGCGAUUUCAUCACAAAAAUGAAAGAAAGCCAGUUUCUGUUCCUCAUAGUCUGAAGCAAUCUCCUACAAUCAGAAGGAAUUCCACAAUUCACCGGAAUUUCGCCCAAGCUAAUUCAAUUCCAAAGGCGGAAGAACACCGCAGCUUUCCACAAACCCAAAGCAAAUUGCAGAGUAUAGUGGAUUUAAUCAUGUGGAGAGACGUUUCAAGAUCAGCAUUUGUUUUUGGAUUUGGGACAUUCAUCAUAGUCUCAUCUUCUUAUGCAAAGGAUAUCAAUCUGAGUCUUAUUUCAGUGACUUCCUAUAUAAGUCUUGUUUAUCUGGCUGUCAUCUUCCUAUAUAGAUCCCUAAUAUUCAGGGGUUUCAUAGAAGUUGAGGACACAAAUUAUGUAUUGGGAGAAGAAGAUGCAAUUUGGAUGCUGAAAUUGAUCCUUCCUUACUUAAACGAGUUUCUGUCAAAAAUCAAAGGCCUGUUUUCUGGAGAUCCAGGCACCACCAUAAAGUUGGCUGUUUUGCUCUUUGUUUUAGCGAGAUGUGGCAGCUACAUAACCAUUUGGAAGAUGAUCAAAUUGGGCUUCUUCGGAGUUUUUACUGUACCAAAGAUCUGCACUUCUUAUUCUGCACAGUUAACUGCAUAUGGAAAUUUUUGGAUUCGGCGAUUCCGAGAUGCUUGGGAUUCAUGCACACACAAAAAAGCAGUGGCUCUUGGCAUCUUUGGGCUUGUCUGGAAUUUAUCGUCAGUUGUUGCUCGCAUUUGGGCAGUGUUCGUGUUAUUUGUGGCCUUUAGAUAUUAUCAACAGCAUUAUUUGGUGAGAGAUGAGUUUGGGGAAGAUGAAACAGGAUGUGAUGAAACAUGGGAAGAACCUGUUGGAGCGAGACACAAACAAGGACAUGCAACCAACAACCUUAGUGACACCAAUAAACUAAAGAAAGUGUUCUGAAAGGUUAAACAGGCUUGUUCAGUUGUUAACACAGUCCCAUCUUCCCUUUAAAACUUUUUUAUUUUCUUUUAUAUAUGUUUUCGUUUAAAAGUUUCACGUAGAAGUUUCCUUAUAUAUAAAAAUAUGAUGUAAAUUUUUGUUAUGUUAAUAUAAAGCUUAAUUUAGUAAACAAACCCAUCAGGGUUCAAUAGGGAAAGGGAACAAUAGCUUGGACGUUAAUGUUCUGUAAUUAGCAUUCACUUAUAAUAAUUUAUCUUCCUUAUGGU